AUGAUCCGGGUGCGCUCGCUCGCGGCCGCUUGCGCGCGUGAAUGCGUGCGCUCGGCUUCGGCCGGGAGCUCUACGUCGAACGGGGUUGGCGCAAGGGCAGCAACAGGAGUGGUGGCUUUGCGAGCCUUGAGGGAGAGCAGCAGCUUGGCCUCAGCACAGCCACCCUCUGCUGCCGACGAAGCGCACUCAGAAGGUGCAGGAGUAAUGCAGCCCGGAAAUCAGCAGCACGAGGGAGAGUUCGAGCGGGUCGAGGCGGUGGGGGACCUGCUGCGACAGCACGCGCGGGCGAGGGAAGAUUGGACGGGGCCCCUCGGGUUGACCGACUACGAGCGGAACCGCCUGCGGGAAGGACUCGUCCGCCGAAUCAAGCGGCUAGCCGGGGCCAACAAGCGUAUCAAGAUGGGCCUGGUGAUCCAGAUACUGGAUGAGGGGAGGCGGCAGGGCAUCAAGGAGCUCGUCGUGUACAAGGCGGUCUUGAAGCAACUGCUGUCCACCUACGGCGAAUCCAAGGAUGCUGCCCAGAACUUGGAGAGGGUCCUUGAGCGGAUGGAGGAAGAUGGGCUUCAGCCGGACGUGACCACGUACAACCACAUUCUUGAUUUCCACGCGCUUCUCCACAACUCGGAAGCGGCGGUUGCGGUGCACGAAGAGAUGCUCUCCAGGGGCGUGGAGCCGAAUCAGCGGACGGCCUCGCACAUGAUCGUUGCUCACUCGCGCGGCUGCCACGACACCAUGUACAGGGCUGUGGAAGAGAUGUACGCGAAAGGGUGGCAGGGUUCACGAACGGCAUGCCUGGGCAUGAUCGCGGUGAUGGGUUUUCGCCGCGACUACGACGGGGUCCUCUACACAAUACGCCGCAUGCGGGAAGAGUCUAAACUUCCCACAGAGGCAGCCUUCGUCUGGGCCUACAGGGCGGCGGAACACUUGGGACAGGUAGAGACAGCCAAGCAGCUCUUCCAUCACCGCGCGGAAGCCGGCUUGCCUCCUGCGGAGUACGUGUACGUCAAGAUGAUGUUGAUACUCAUGAAGGCCGGCAAGGCCGAGGAAUGCCUCGAGUACUGGAGGCAGCUGGUGUGCGUUCACGGGCUCAACGGCGUCGUCAUUCACCCGGAGACGUACAACCUGGCCAUCAAGUGCACGAUGGUGGUCGACAACCAAGACGAGAUGGAGGCGGUGUUGGCGAUGAUGGAGGCGCAAAGGGUAGUGCCCACGGACGAGACGUACGCGGCGGCCCUCGGCGGUCUGGAGAAGUGGUUUACCCCGCACCGGGCACAGGGUGCUCAAAGAGCGUUCGAGGCCAUCGCUAGGUCGGGCCCCCCGCCGUCGAUGAGGGUGCUGCAGAGGAAGGCCAAGGGGUGGGCCCACGCCGGCCUGUGGCAGGAGGCGGAGCAACUCUUCUCGCUCGUGCUUGCCGAGAACGGAAAGCUGAGCAAUAGCGAAUGGAAGUGCCUCAUGAUGUCGCAGUUCUAUCUUGGAAGAUUUGCCGAGGUCAAGAAAUCGUGGUCUCGCAACGUGGAGGCGUUGGAGGCGAACAAGGCAGGCCACUCGCACCUCAAGCUGGAGUACUCGCUCAAGGCCGCCAAGGCGCUGGGGGACGUGGACUGGGCCCUGGAGGUGCGCGACGCUGCGAGCGAGGCCGGAAAGAGAUCGGUGCACCUGGACCGGGUGUUGGUAGAGAUCCUGCUUGAGGCGGGGCGCCCGCAGGAGGCGCGGGAUGUUCUCAAGGAGUGGGAGGCGGUAGCGUUACGAGCAUCGUCGGCGCGAGUGUUUCAGGGGGUGUACGAGCUGGCGUUGGAGAGCUGUGAAAAGAGCGGAGACGUGGAGCUGGGGCUCCAGUUCUUUGAUGGAAUGCGGUCAGCGAGCCCCCCCUACCGGCUGCGCUCGUCAUGCCCGAGCGUCGUCUUCAUCCUGAAAGCUCUCAAAGACGCCGGCCGCGCCCAUGAGGUGGCGCCGUUUUUCGAUGAAUUUCUCGAGUCACUGCCGAGGCAAGAGCUCGGGACGAAACGGCAGCUCCCAGGACUGAAGCGGCGGAACCUCUCGAAGAGGAACCAGGGGUCGACCCCAGAGGUGGUAAUGACACCGAGAGUGAGCUCUCCGUACAUGCAUAAGGCGGCGCAACUGGUGCCGGUUCGGCUCGCGACCGAGCACUGACCCGUCCGAUCGGAGGCGUGAUUCCAAGCGAUUCCAGCAGAACGCUGCACGGGGUGUUCUGCAGGGCCUAUUGAUCUUGGUCCCAGUCGGUAUUUUUCUCACCGUGGCGAAGCCAAUGGAAUCGGCAACUCGAUUGGUUCGGUUUCUGUUUUGAAUUCCCUGUAAUAAGGUGUUGUGCAUUUAGUUUAUGUUGGAGCGCUGGGAUUGUCUCGGUUCUGUGCUGUUUUGAGGGGAAUCGUGAGAAAUUGGUGCGGACUUCCAGUUGUUCAUGACCUUGUCUGGUUGUCACCAAGACACGGCCGUGCCGGCCCUCUACAUAACGAUAAAUCCUGCCAAAAGAAACUGACAAGUUGUACAGAAGCGUGUGUAUGGUAGGAGGUGUAGUUCUUGUCUAUGAUGAACAAUGCCGUGAUGCGAUCAGGUCUCAUGGUCUCCCGAGGUUGCGUCCCUUGUCAGUUUCGCCGCAUUUAUUUGCCGAUUAAUUACUGCUUGCUGCUUGCCCUUUAAAGGGGUGCAGGGAUUAGCCUCCCGUAUGGUGCGAAGCCCGUUGGCACCUUUACAGUGUGCGAAGGGUGGUCCACACUGCUGUGAACGAGUCAGAAGUCGAGCCCCAGGCAAAAUAGGUGGGCUGUAGCGCUUGUUUGUGUGAGCCACGGUGCAGCAUGGCAUCA